AUGAAUCAGCUCGAAGCCAAAACAGCAGAAAUGAAUUUGGAUGAAUCUACUCUCGAGACAGGCUCUCAAGCAGACACAUCAGCAGUCCUUAUCAACCCUGAGAUGGAGAGAUCUGUGAAAAGAAAGAUUGAUGCAAUUGUCUUGCCAUUGGUUAGCCUUAUCUCAAGCUUUGGCUCCUGCGUUAGAAGCCCUAAGGAACUCAUGUUGCUUUGCUUUUGGAUGCCCGCUGAUGUCCCUUAUUCAGACCUUGACAAACAGAGUCUAAGUUAUGCCGGGGUGUUUGGAUUGAUAGAUGACCUGCAACUUCACGGCACCCAGUUCGCCUGGUUAGGGUCCAUAUUUUACGUUGGGCAGCUGGUGGCGGAGUUCCCAGCCAUGUAUUUGAUGAGCCGUCUGCCCCUUGCUAGAUUUGUAUCCUGUCUAAUCAUACUCUGGGGUGGGAUUUGCAUGUGUCUGGCAGCAGCAACCACCUUUUCAUCUUUCAUGGGUGUUCGGUUCGCCCUUGGAUUGGCCGAAGGCGCGGUCUCGCCUGCCUUCGUGACCCUCACUAGUAUUUGGUAUAAAAAAAGCGAGCAUCCUCUACGAAUCGGUCUAUGGAUCAGCUGCAAUGGACUAGCUCAGAUACUGGGUGCUUUGAUGAUGUACGGCAUCGGCCACAAUCAUAUGGCAAUUUCCAACUGGAAGGCAAUGUUCAUGGUCUGUGGAGCUAUCACGAUAUUUCUUGGGAUUUUAUUCUUUUUCAUGAUGCCAGCUGGACCUGAAUCAGCGUGGUUUCUCAAUUCUCAAGAGCGACUAAUAGCCACACAACGAUUGCAAGCGGAAACAGAGAGGAGGAGACCAAACAAAUUUCUCUAUCCCACAACUGAAAGAAACGGUCAUGGAUAUUCGAGCAUAUUUGAGCUUCCUGUUUGGUGUUCUCAUAACACUACCUUCGCCAGUAAUUGCGGUUACUCAAACUUUGAAACCAUGCUUUACACCUCACCAGCAGGUGCAGUUCAGAUUAUUUUCGUUUGGGUCGGAAUUUUUCUCUGCUACCUAUGGCCAGAUCGCCGGUGUGCUAUCAUCAUUGGUCUUACAAUCGUCCCGCUCACUGGAAUUAUACUACUGUUUGUGCUUCCAUUGUCGUCCGGGUGGGGUAUGAUUGCUGCAUCAUGGCUGGCCUCUGUCAUCUCAAACAUCUUCUCAAUUCCCCUUAGCUUGUACGCAUCCAAUACUCGUGGAAAUACCAAAAAAGCUAUUAUCAACGCUUUGUUCUUCGUCGGCUACGCCGUUGGUGCUAUAUGUGGACCACUACUCUGGAACGCUGAAAAUGCACCCAGGUAUCGUAGUGGUCUCAUAUUGGCUCUGAUCAGCUGGAUUGUGUUCAUUCCAACCGUGGCGGUUUAUUGGUCCUUAUGUGCUCAUGAGAACAAAGUCCGGUCUAUGGUGGAGAUAGACUUUUGCCAACACGUUACGGGGGCUCCCAGAAAAGAUUUGACGGACAAAGAAGAUUUAAAUUUCCGAUAUACCCUUUAA